AGACUGAAUGGGAAGUGACUCUGCAGUGGGGGAAUUCCUCAAUCAAAUUAAAAUAAACUACCAACCAUACUAUUUUUUGGUUCACUUGGGGGUAGGAUUCUACUUGUGCGCAUCGAUGCCGUCUUUACUCAACCAUUGCCGUGGUAGGAGAACGUGUGUCCAGGGAAUAACGGGAACGGUGAUUCGCUGAAGCAGUCUACUUGGCUGGUUGUAUGUAGCCUAUUAUCUGGAAAGCAGGCUGGAGUAUAUGGAGCAGGGUGACAGCCGGCGCCUCUCCAACUAUACACAGAUACCAAAAUAGGACAGCGUUGUGCAGCAAACGUCCUGAGAGCUAAUUUGAGCCACUAUGUCAGACAAAGGAAAAGAAAGCUACAUUUAUGACUUUUGUGACAUCACCCAUCCAAAUGAACUAUUGGAUGCUCUGAGAGAGUUCUACCUCGGUGGCAUAUUCACCGACAUCACCCUACAAUGUGCCACAGGACAAGUAUUUUACUGUCACAAGGCAGCAUUGUCAGCUCGCAGCUCUUAUUUCAAAGUCAUGUUCACAGCCGACAUGAAGGAGCGGUCAAACAACCUCAUCAAACUGACUGGGAUUGAUUAUGAAGUUCUGAGUGCUUUGGUGAAUUACGUAUACACUUCCAAGGUGAACAUCACUGAGACAAAUGUACAGAGCCUGCUGGAGGCAGCAGACCUCUUACAGUUCAGCUCAGUGAAGAAGGCUUGCGAAGACUUCCUUAUACGCUUCCUGGAUGUGGACAACUGCCUGGGUAUGCACUCUUUUGCUGAGCUGCACAUCUGCCCUGAGCUGGAGCGGGAGGCACGAAGGGUAAUGCUCAGCAGGUUUGAGGAACUCCUACAGCAGGAGGAGUUCUUGGAGGUGGACUACGACAAGCUGAGUUCAGUCAUGUCUCUUAAGAACCUCAACGUAUGGAAGGAUGAAGUUCUCUUGGAUGCCGUGGUCAAAUGGGUCACCCAUGACGUUGUUAACCGUAUUGAUCACGUUCAGGACCUACUCUGUUGUAUCCAUCUUGAGCUGGAUGAGAUGUACUUCAAGACUGCCCUGGAUGUACAGAGACAAUGCUUACUGGGCAAUGAGGGAAAAGUAAGGUCAUUGAUUAUCAACGCUUUGAAGUCCAACUGCAAAGAGACUUCAGCGAGCAGGAAGAAACUGUCCUCAAGCAUGUAUGUUAUUGGAGGGUACUACUGGCAUCCACUCUGUGAAGUCCACAUAUGGGAUCCAAUAAGCAACACAUGGGUGCAAGGAAAAGAUAUGCCUGACCAGACAAGGGAGAGCUAUAGUGUAUCUUUACUCGGGGCAAAUAUUUAUGUGACUGGGGGUUAUAAGACUGAGACUAUUGAAGCCCUGGACACAGUUUGGAUUUAUAAUGGUGAUUGUAAUGAGUGGACCGAGGGAUGCCCCAUGAUCACUGCCAGAUACUACCACUGUUCUGUGGCUUUACAUGGCUGUAUCUAUGCCAUAGGAGGGUACAGAGGAGGAGCUAUACAACUUGAGACUGAAUUCUAUGACCCCUUAAAAAAGAAAUGGUUCCCUACAGCCAACAUGAUACAAGGUGUAGGAAAUGCCACUGCUUGUGUCAUGAAUGACACAAUCUAUGUGACCGGUGGCCACUAUGGAUCCAGAGGAAGCAGCACCUAUGAAAAAAUUCAGGCCUACAGGCCAGACAUAAAUGAGUGGAACAUUGUCACAAUAAGUCCUCAUCCAGAGUAUGGCCUGUGCUCUGUUUCUCUGAACAACAAGCUGUACUUGGUGGGAGGACAGACUACGAUCACAGACUGCUACGAUCCAGAGAGAGAUGAGUGGAGGCAGUUGUCAGUGAUGAAGGAGAGGAGGAUGGAGUGUGGUGCUGUAGUGAUCAAUGGCUGCAUCUAUGUGACAGGGGGAUAUUCCUAUUCAAAGGGGACAUAUCUGCAGAGCAUUGAGAAGUAUGACCCAGAGCUGGACACCUGGGAGGUUGUGGGAAGCCUCCCUAGCCCAGCAAGAACACACGGAUGCAUUUGUAUUUACAGUGUGUAGUGUCUUUCAAUGUACUUUUACAACAAACAUCAACUAAAUCCCGCGGAUGCAGUUCCUUCGUGCCAUACAGCCCAUGAGUGGCAGGGGCUAUGUAUGUGUGUGACAGGUGCUAAGAAUCUUUUUACAAAAAGUGACAUUAUUUAGAGUAUCUUUUAUACCCAAUUGGCCAAAAUGAAUGUUCAGUGACAAAUGAUUGCUGCUGGUUUAAUAUUACAAAAAGAGCACAUACUUUUCAAUCCACUUACAUUGAAUGGCCUAUAUCUAACACACUGGUUCUCAUGCACUUUACAUUACCAUUUGUGUAAUUUUGGCUUAGACUGGUAAACCUGAUAGAGCACUAGAUAUGCACGCUGUUUUUAGACAAAUCUCUACAUUUGAAGCACAAAUGUCAUCAACCAUACAUCUGAACCUUAGGGUUUUGGGUAUGCACAAUUAUUCAGGUUUCCUUUGUGGAGACCUCUGAUUCUGAAUGUAAAAAUAAUUAACUAAAACAGCUGUCGAUAAAAACCAAACUGAUGAUUAUGGAUGCAAAAAUGUAUAGGCUGAAGCAGACCACUGCCUAAACGUUGCAACAGUCUGCGGUUGAUUGAUGCAGUAUGCACAUGAUUUGACUUGAUAAAUGGGGUGGCGCACAAUGGGGUGGCGCACAAUUGGCCCAGCGUUGUCCAGGGUAGGGGAGGGAAUGGCCG